AUGACGAGAACCGGAUCAAGCGCCAAGAACAAGGAAUCCGUCCAGACCGAGAUCGACAUGGAAUCGAAGAGGUCGUCAACGGCGGCGGGGCACAUCGCUGACCUCCCCGAGCAGAUCUGGUGGGCAAUCCUCGAGCGACUCCCGCCCAAGUCAGUCCUGCGAUUUCGUGCUGUCUGCAAAUCUUGGCUCAACCGCAUCAGCAACAACAAUUUCCUCGAAGAAUACCAUGGGCGCCAAAAGCCACAGCACCUGAUCGUCCCAGUCGAUCCAGACAACACCAGGCAUAAGAUGAGUCACCGUGUAGAUGCUGUUGAUUUCCAGCACCCCGAGGACGGUUUCCGCUCCAUAAUCAGCUUCACCAGCUUUGGAGUAUUUGAGGUCUUUGAUCCAGAUGAAGAAACCGCAGAGCAUCUAAUGUCUGCCGUACAGGGCUCAAUUGGAGGCCUCCUCCUCGUCUCCUUCGAGCACAGGUGCUAUAUCUGCAACCCAGGUACAAAAGAAUCACGCCGCCUCCCACAGCUGGAUGACCAUGAAAUCUUGGGACUGUACAUGCUGGGCGAUGAGUUUAGGGUCCUCUAUCUCAAGGAAGAUGAGGAGGGUGAUGCCGAAUUCUUCGUCCUGUCAGUGCAUCAAUCUCUUAGCAAUAAAUCCAUUGGGUACUGCCCUGUGUCGCCCGCGGCGAAUCUGCCAGAAAUUGAUGGACCGAAGAAGCUGGGGUUCAGCCUGCAGAGUUCGGCAAUUGAGCCGCCUGCCAUGGUCGGGGCCAACCUUUAUUGGGCACCGUUGGAGCUGUGGCCACGGGAAAUUACAGUUUUUGAUUACCAGUCUGAGCUUUUUCACUGGAUGAAGCUUCCCAAGACCAAGGAGCGCUCCAAGAGCAACACCAACAAUACGAUGAAGGUUCUUGAGUUGGACGGCGAGUUGGGGUUGUCUCUUCACAGGAGGGGUGAAUCAAGUGUUGAGCUAUGGGUAUUAGAUUCUCUGAAGAUGUGGGAGCUCAAACACAGUAUUCAGUUGCCGGUUGCAGAUAUCACUGGCUUUGGAGCACAUACCUGGGAUCCCUUUCUUAUGUCCAUGGAUGGAGGUGUGAUCGUAAGGUGCGUGUCCCAGGGCCAGGGCCAGGGAGGGGAAGGCCAACAAGGCACUCAGGCGCUCCUGUACUGCAACAGACACGGAGAGCUAGCGCCUGGACCACUGUUCGUAGGCGAUUUGGCUGCGCCUGCCAUACACCUAUUCAAGCAAAGCAUUAGGCGACAUGCCCUGUUCCAGGGGCAUCAGCAAGAUGCUACGUCUCCCUUGUCACUCUUCCGGGACCUCUAG